AUCGCGGCAGCGAGCCCCUUUCGCCCGCUUCCCACUCCACGCCUCCUUCUCCUCCUCCCAGAUCUCGCACCACACGGCCGCGCGCACCGGAGACACCUAGCGAGACGGUUGCGAGAGGUAAAACAGCAAAAGAGAAGAGGCCACCGCAGCUCGCGUACCGGCGGUGUGUGGGUGGCGGCGUCCGUCACGCGUCGGUGUAUCGGGUGAUGGACGCUGGCGGCGGGGGCCUAGGCGGGUUCCAGUGGACCGCGGAGGAGGCCUCGACGAUCGGGGGCAUCGCGACGGUGUCGCUGCUGCACUCCUUCAUCCCCACGCACUGGCUCCCUUUCUCCAUCGUUGGGCGCGCCCAGCGCUGGCCGCUCUCCCGCACCCUCCUCGUCACUGCCUUUGGAGCCGUCCUUCAUGUUGUAUCGACCGCUCUUCUAGGGAUAACUGCAGUUACUAUGGCAAAUACUAUAGCGGGCGAGGAAACAGUGCAUAAACUUGCCUCGCUGUUGCUAAUAUUUCUUGGAGCAGGUUACAUUCUGUUGUUUGUGUUAGGAAAAGGGGGUCAUAGCCAUGCUCAUAAUCAUCCAAUGGAGAAGAUGGCAGUCGCUGGUCUUGUACUUGUACCAGCAUUAUCACCCUGUGCAACUACUCUUCCAGUGUUUCUUGCUGUUGGCAACUCAUCCUCGAUGAUGUUUCUUGCAAUCAUUGUACUUCUCUUCAGUACCAUCACAGUGAUGACGUCCCUGGUGGCCCUCUCAUUUUAUGGUGCUAGCCAGAUCAAGUUUCACUGGGUGGAACGCUAUGACAAGGUCCUAGUUGGCUCGGUGCUGUGCCUUGUUGGGGUUCUGACAUAUGUGUUCCAUCACCAUGAUGGUGACCAGCAUUCUCUCCAUGCACACGUGCAUAGGAAACUUGUGGGUUCUUGAGAGGAAUAUAAAUAGAUGGCAAAUGAAGUUCCCUAAGUUCACUAUGAAACAAAUUGUCUCUUGUCAUCUAACUUUUGUACGUUAUUUGCUGUACAAGAUCUGAUUAUCAAUUGAUUUGUUGGGAAUCUACCAACCUCUAGAUUUCCUAGGAAUACAGACCAGGUGAAUAUUUACUGGAAAUUAUUUUUACCAGGGAUCUUUGUUUGUGCUGAUGCAGUUUAACUGGAACAGAGGGGUUUCAACUUGA